CUCCUCCCCCAACGCCGCCGCCGCCGCUACCACCACAGCCUUUGAACGCCGGCCCUCAGCGACGCAGAGCACCGACGACGCUCGCAACUGCACAUUUCUCCCCCUGACGUGGAGAACGGCAGAUGUGCGGGUUUCCUGGGAGGAUAGAAAGCGAAACACCGGGGAACACCUAUCGCGGUGACUGAGCAAAUCUUCCUUCAAUUCCUUGAGCUGGUUUCUGUGGUAGUGAACGCGCGCCCUUCUCUCGUUACGUGGAGUUUUAACAGCUGUCGAUCAGGUGUUUGUGUAGGAUGAACAUUGCAUGGGCUGAAGAAAAAUCCCUGCUAUAAUACAACUGAUUGCAGUUACACACAUUUGCCAACCACUUCCCUUUUUCCUGUGAAACGCUAAAUGGCAGAAGACUUCUGGAAACGUCAGGAUGGAUUACAUUGAGAACCCCGAAUUACGUCAAAUCUGGACCAAAAGAAAUUUAAUGAUCAUUGCUUUUGCAUUGGGAACUGUGUGACACAAAUGUUGUCAGUCAUGCCAGAUGUGUCCGGAUACGUGGAGGAGCGAGCCUCGUGUGGUUCACCAUCAGUUUACCAGUAUGUUUCCCCACUGUAUUUUUGCAGAGAAACGCUUGACCUGAGCUUAUAUUUUGCAGCAGCUGGACGCUUUAGUUUGCCCGCCGGCUGUGCCAAUGGUCCCCAGUGGAAUGUACUAUUAUGCAGGUGAAUGGUAACUUGCUAAAGAAAGAUUUUUGUGUUAAUUUUUUUGCCAAAAUGGAGAAACUGAGGAUAUUUGCAUACUGUAGCUUUUACACUGAUGAGUUAAAGGCCAUAGGAAUUUCCGCUGUUGAAAGUCUGACCCCAAUGGGAUAAGAACUCAAAACAUUUAACUGUAAAAAACUGACUGAACAGGUCAAAAUUCCCAAUCACUGAAAAGAUAAAUCUAAAGUGUAUUUUCCCCAUAAUGCACUGCCCUAAGAAGAAGAAACGUCCAACGCGUGACUCAGAUUUUUCAGCUAUCGUGGUUCCCUCUAUGCGUGGGUCUGGGUAUCUUGACUACACUGUUGAGACUCAUGCUUCAAGAGCCCUGAAAGCCAUGGAUGAGUUCAGACAGAAGGAAAUGCUGUGUGACCUGGUGCUACACGUCACAUACAAGGAGAGGACGGUGGAUUUUAAGGUCCAUAAAGUGGUACUGGCCUCUUGUAGCCCCUACUUCAGAGCCAUGUUUACGAGCAGCUUCAAAGAGUGCCAUGCUUCAGAGGUCACCCUGCGUGAUGUCUGCCCUGAGGUGGUCGGAAGACUUAUUGACUUUGCCUACACCUCUCACAUCACAGUGGGAGAAAAGUGUGUGCUGCAUGUUCUUUUGGCUGCGAUGAGGUAUCAGAUGGAGGAUGUGGCAAAGGCAUGUUGUGAUUACCUCAUCAAACACCUAGAGGCAGCUAAUGUCAUUGGCAUCGCCCGCUUUGCAGAGGAGAUUGGCUGCACAGAACUGCAUCAACGGAGCCGAGAGUACAUCAAUACACACUUCAGUGAGGUAACCAAAGAGGAGGAAUUCUUCAGCCUUUCUCACUGCCAGCUGCUGGAGCUCAUCAGUCAGGACAGUCUCAAGGUGCUCUGUGAGUCUGAGGUGUAUAAGGCCUGUACAGACUGGGUGCGCUGGGAUAUGGAGGGCAGAGCCCCCUAUUUGCAUGCCCUCUUGAAUGCAGUUCAUAUCUAUGCGCUGCCUCCUAAGUUCCUGAAGAACCAGCUGCUGUCCUGUCCCAUCCUCAGCAAGGCCAAUUCCUGUAAGGACUUCCUGUCUAAAAUCUUCCAGGAUAUGACACUGAGGAAGCUUCCUCCUGCUCCUAAUCGUGGAACUCAACUCAUCUAUGUGGCUGGCGGAUACCGGCAGCACUCUCUGGCCUCCAUGGAGGCUUAUGAUCCCAGAAGGAAUGUGUGGAUAAAACUGGCUGACAUGGGGACCCCAUGCAGUGGUCUGGGAGCCUGCGCAGUGUUUGGACUGCUCUACACUGUUGGAGGCAGAAACCUGUCACUUCAAACCAACACAGAGUCCAAUGCUCUGUGUUGCUACAACCCCAUGACCAACCAGUGGAGCCAGCGAGCCUCCCUCAACAUCCCGAGGAACAGGGUCGGAGUGGGUGUUGUGGAUGGCUGCAUCUAUGCCAUCGGCGGCUCCCAGGGCUCGAUACACCACAACACGGUGGAAAGGUGGGAUCCGGAGUCUAAUCGCUGGUCCUUUGUUUGUCCAAUGUCGGUGGCUCGCCUGGGAGCCGGGGUGGCGGUGUGCGGGGGGGCCCUGUAUGUAGCGGGGGGCUAUGAUGGACAGAACCGCUGGAACACAGCUGAGAAAUAUCAGCCUGACACUAACACCUGGCAACAGCUGGCUCCCAUGAACACUGUACGCAGCGGACUGGGAUUAGUGUGUGCGAACUCUUACCUGUACGCUAUAGGAGGCUAUGAUGGGCGGAGCCAGCUGUCCUCUGUGGAACGCUACAAUAUAGCCAGGAACACCUGGGAGCCCAGGGCCUCGAUGCAGUACUCUCGCAGUGCACAUGGAGUCACUGUCCACCAGGGACGCAUAUUUGUCUUCGGAGGUUUCAACCAGCAUGGCUUUCUGUCCACCGUUGAAUGCUACUGUCCUGAAAGAAAUGAAUGGACGUGCGUCACUGACAUGCCCGUUGGACGCAGCGGCAUGGGCGUCGCUGUUACCAUGGAGCCCUGUCCCGGCAGCCUCCCAGAGCAAGAGGACGAUGAAGAAGACGGAGCCGCAAUGGGAUGAAGAAGGAACCUGUUGAAGUCAAAUGCUGAAUACACUUCAAAGUGGUGCUGCUUUUCAAGAGGGGAUUAAGUGCAUUAAAUAAGAACAUUCCCAGAUAUAAACUGACAUACCGUGCCCAUAUGGAUCUCAGAUGUAUUGUGGAAUACUGCAGGUAUUGACUAUAUGGGAACUUUGAAGAGGAAGAAAUGUAUUUCUACAUCUGCUGGGGAGCAACUGAUAUAGUCAGUAUAUGACAGUGACCUUGCAAUGAACAAGGUGCUACUGAAUUAAUUUCUAUUUAAUUAAAUAUUGUUCUUCUUGAGCUUCUUUUUGUCGUUCUGUUUUGUUUAAUUUGUAAAUUUAGAAAGUUAUCUCAUUUCUAAUUCCUCUCUAUAUGUUUAAAUGAGCAUUUUUCUCAUUUCUCCUUCAUAUUGUGCCAAUGUAGUUUCACCCAAAGCUGCCUUUUUAUAAUUUCUUUUUUGUGUGUGCAAUUACUACAU